AUGAGUGCGCCAGCCGGGCUGGCUUGGUCAGCGUUCUUGUUGACCAUCGGCACUCCAGCCGGGGGCACUGAGGACAGGCUGGAUCAGGAUGUAUGCGCCAUGUCGGUCAUCGAGAGAGCGAGAGACUUCGAGCUUGCCCUCGCCCCUCGCAGAUUCCCCCCGCAAAGAGGUGUACUACCCUGUACUACCACGCUUCUCCAUCUCCCGGGAGCGCGAUUGAACUGGCAAGCCCAGCUCAACAUGUCCACCCAAAUGAAGGUCAAGCCCGCCAAGUCCAAGGCCGCGGUCAAUGCAAAACUCUCAUCCGAUACCCAGCUGAUGACCUCUGCUCAAAGCCUCAAUGUCGUCAAAACACUGAUCCAAACCGGCAUCGGUGUCAUAACCUAUCUCAGAGGAAUUUUCCCGGAAGAGUGCUUCACGGACGACAGGAUUGGUCCAGAUCGCUCUGAAGCGUCCACCUAUGACGAUGAUGCCCCUGAAGGUCAAAAGAAAACCGGGCGCGAAGGGCGCGGGUACAUCAGGGUGAAGCACAUCAACCGAGGAGCUUCGAAAGAGAGCGACAGAGUGCUGGAUUACCUCGACGAGGGAGCGAUGGAUGCGAUCCAGCGCGGCUAUCUUCGCCAAUUGCUGUUUGCCAUGUACUUGGAUCCCAACAAGCCCCGGGACGUGAUCGAGUGCUAUACGUUUAACAUCACCUACUCCAAAAGUAAAGAGCGCGAAGGCGAGUUGGUGCCUGAGCUAGAAGUCAGGGAUCAGCUCCGAGAGCUGUCUUUGGGUGGCAAGAUCUCAAUCCUCAACGAUAAUGACCCUCAACAAUCCAGAAAGACGUGUGGGAUGGUCAAGAGACAAGUGCAAGCCCUGAUCAAAAACUUAAUAUGCUCAACCCAAAGCUUGUCUGACAUACAUGGUCGACGUUUCCUGACCUUCAAGUUGCAUUACAAUGAUCAAACACCAUUGGAUUACGAGCCACCUCAUUUCACAGCUGGUGAUGUGGAGCUCGAUCGAUUCACCUUUGGUACCUCAGGCGUAGAGGAAGUUCCAAGCGCGACGGAGAUGGGAAGAAUAGACACCGGAUUCCACGCGGUUCGGGUGGCACUGGCCACCAUUUCGGGAUAUCUGCCGGAACCUAAUGCCUCGGAUUCCAAAGCUGCUCCGAAGGGCAAAUCGCCACUCGAGCUUCGUGAAAUCGAGCUAAAAAAGGUUAGGGAAGAAGCAAAAGAGCGAGAGAUUGUGUGGGACACGGAGAUGAUCUUAGCUCCGUCCCCUCCCAUGACGCCCAACGGCUUCAACAUGAUGGACGCACAAUCGACAGCCGAGCCAAUCGGAAGGCGUGAUCGCAAUGGCCGCUUCGUACCGUUCCCCCGCCAGGACGAAAAUCCGAACGAAAACGGGAAAGGUGUUGUUAAGAUCUUGAAAAGGAAAGCUACCCCUGACGCCAACGUGCUUCCAGAAAGCGCCAUGAUGUUAAAUUCAACCCAAACUGAAGUCCAGACCCAGUCUACCCCCGUCAGUCUAAGACCGGACAACCUCACAUGGUCCCUAAAAUCCGUCGAACCGAAAAAUAAAUCAGUACAAUCUCAUGGAAAACGCGAUGGUAUUCCCGGAGCCGAAAAACUCAACAAUUCCGCUAUUCUUCAGGAGAAGGCAGCUGUGGGCUCGAAACCAGAAGUUCCUAAUUCCGUAGAUACCAUGGAGGAUCCGAUUGAAGAUGGCAGUAUUUCUACCCAAACCCUAAACGCCGCUAGAGUGAAAGCAAACGUCGAGUCUCUUCCCGAUUCCUUCGAUCCAAUCGAAUCUUUUUCUCCGACAAGUGCGACGCAAUUGAAAGCCAAAGUUUUGCCUGUCCCCCCCGCUGCGGAAAAAUCGCGACCCAAAGAGCCCGAGGCCUUGAAAGCCAAGACGGAUCACGGCGGGGUGCGAAAAAGCGACUCAAACAAGAAGAUGAAGUCUUCAAAAAUCAAGUGGCCGCCCACGGCGAACAAGAGCGACAUAUGCGAAUGCAGAGACGCAAAUGACGACCAAGACAUGAUCAGAUGCGAGAUCUGCAAACGAUGGAGACACUUGAAUUGCUAUGGCUAUACUUCCGCAAAAGAUCCGAGGAUCCCAGAGUUCUUCACUUGUUAUCGUUGUCGCAUACAUAAAGGGAUGGACCUCGAGGAAAUAUGGAAGAGGGAAGAUGAUAUCAACAUUGCGCUUGAAGGACUAAGAGGGCUUUGUAUUUUCCGCCGAACUCUUCAGAUCAUUUACAAAGAAGGGAUACCGCCUGCCCUGAAGGAUCUCGCGCGUCGUCUGGAGGUGGACGUGUCGACGGUGUCCCAAAUCAGACACCGCCUAGAGAACGAAAAUUUCAUAUGCCCGAAGACUGCCGCGCGGUCGAAGAACUCUGGGCUUUUGGAGUCGGAGAGACGCAGUGCGAGCAAGCCUAGCCAAUCGAAGAGGUACAUCAAGAACAUGGCCGUCAAUGAAUCAUACGAGCAGAAAAAGCUCCGCGAUAAGCUCUACUUCUCGCCAGGGACCGGGACGGAGGCCAAGCUGUUGGCGAAGUUUGAGAGGCAGGAAACGUCCACUGAUGCGGAUGAGCAAAUGCGGCCCCCGGAGGAUCGGUCUAUCGGCUCUGGCUCCAUCUCGGGCCUGUCGUCAAUCACCGCCGAUCCGGCAGUCGGAGGCGGGACCAUCGAGAGACGAGCCACGCCGACCAAGCAAGGUGCAGCUCUCGGAGACCCCGCCGGGCCAUCCCAGCCGGCUGGAGAAGACACCACCAUGCACGACGCGCGGGAGGCCCGGCGCUCCGUCGCCGGAUCAGACACUGGCGCACCGACGGCCGGAAAGAGCAAGGUGUCGAUCGGCGUCGAGGAAGUCGAAGUGCUGGGAGUGGCUUGGGACGAUUGUGACGAAUGA